AUGUAUGGCGCCGCACGGCAAGGGCGCCAUGUCCUGAGAGCAUUUCGAAUCGUUCCAUCCGUCUCGAUAUCCUCCCCACGGACACAAUUUGUCCCUUCAAGCUUGCGGACUAUUGUCGCCAGACCCCUCGGCGUCAGACACCUUUCAUCCACAUUCCAUCGAUGGCAACAAGCCCUUGCUGAAGACCAUGCCCGUGCGGAAGAUUUCGGCGCAGAGGACAUCUCGGCCGUCAAUCGAGAGUUCACCAAGUUUUCAGAGCUCGGAGAUGCAGGCAUCAUUGACAAAAGAAUCAUUGAAAACCUGGUCAACAAGAUGGGCAUCCACACAAUGACCGAAGUCCAGAGAAUGACCAUCAACGAAUGUCUCGACGGCACGGAUGUCAUUGCUCAAGCACGUACCGGUACUGGCAAGACCUUGGCUUUUCUGAUGCCUAUCGUGCAACGUAUGCUCCGAGAACCCGAGUUUGGGCGCCGACAACCCUCAAUCGGAGACACAAGAGCCCUGAUUAUCUCCCCUACUCGCGAGCUGGCUGAGCAGAUCGGAGAGGAGGCCAGGAAGAUCGUCCGGGGCACUGGCGUCCAGGUACAAUUGGCCGUCGGAGGUACGCAGAAACAAUAUCAUCUUAAGCUUAUGCAGAAGAUGGGUUGCCACAUCCUUGUCGGCACGCCGGGAAGAGUUAAGGAUCUCUUGUCCGACCCUUAUAAUGGCCUGAGCCUGGAAAACAUCCAGACUUUUGUAUUGGAUGAGGCCGAUCGACUCCUCGAUAUCGGAUUCGCCGACGAAAUCAGAGAGAUCCAGAGUUUCAUGCCCAAACACACCCGUCAACAUCGUCAGACUCUCAUGUUCUCCGCCACCAUGCCACGGAGUGUGGUGGGUCUGGUGAGAGAGACCAUGAAGCCGGACUUCAAGUUUGUCAGGACUGUCGACCCGGAGGAUGCCGCUACACACGAGUCCGUGCCACAACACAUUGUCUUUCUACCGGGACUCCAAAAUCAGAUUCCAGCACUGACCGAGAUCGCCUGGAACGCGAUGGAGGCACAUAAGAAGGACCCGGAAAAUAAUAUGCCUUUCAAAGCGAUCGCCUUUUUCAGGUCGCUGAACGAGGUCAAAAUAGCAUACGAAACCAUGAAAAACUUGCGCGACCCGUCGACCAGAGGAGGAAUGUUUGCUCCUCACCCACUCGCACCAUGCAAGAUCAUUGAAAUGUCAUCUCAGCUGGACCAACGGCAAAGAACUGCGAAUUCUCAAGCCUUCCGGAAUGCUGACUGCGCGCUGAUGAUCUCGUCUGAUGUCACAGCCCGAGGUAUGGACUUUCCCAACGUGUCCCAUGUCAUUCAAGUGGGUGCACCUCAUAGAAGAGAAGAUUACGUCCACCGUCUGGGCCGGACUGGCCGUGCGGGCAAACCAGGCCAAGGCUGGCUUCUGCUACAAAACGACGAGAGGAAUGAUUACAGACAACUAGCCAACAGCAUUCACGCCCACAAUAUCUACGAAGAUACGAGCCUGGAGACGGCAAAACUGGACAUGACUCAACCCUCGCAACUCUCACCACAAACGGCCAAGAUCAUGCAGAUGGUGGAAUCAGGUGUCAGACAAGUUUCCAGGCUUGACAAGGCAAAAGCGUACCAGAGCUUGUUGUCUGUGCUCAACCAGGCGGGCAAUUCCUCGAGACAAGAGAUCGUCAACCAAGUGAACGAGCUUGCGACCUAUGGAUGGGGCCUCGACUCUCCACUUUCGGUGACGAGAAGCUGGGCUGACAAGAUAGGAUACAGCGGUGUCCAAGGCCUUACUUUCCGAGAGGAAAGUGGUCCCGGUGGUUCGUUUGGCGGUGGCUCGAGACCGCGGUCUGGAGGUCGUCGUGACAGGUAUGACGAACGCGAUCCAUUCGGACAAGGCGCCUCAGGCUCCGGGCGGGGCACAUUCGGCCAAGACGGCUCAUCAUUCAACGAUCGUGGCCGUGGCAGAUUUGGUGGCGAGCGAAGGUCCCGUUAG